CCGCCCGGCCCGCGCUGACGUUGGACAACAAAGAUGGCGGCGGGGAGCAGCAACUACUGGGAAGAUCUCAGGAAGCAGGCGAGGCAGCUGGAGAACGAGCUGGACCUGAAGCUGGUCUCCUUCAGCAAGCUCUGCACCAGCUACAGCAGCUCCCGAGACGGAAGACGCGACAGGUAUAGCUCUGACACAACUCCUCUACUAAAUGGAUCGAGCCAGGACAGAAUGUUUGAGACCAUGGCUGUGGAAAUUGAGCAACUUCUGGGAAAGCUGACUGGGAUAAAUGACAAGAUGGCAGAGUACACCAACAGCGCGGGCGUGCCGUCGCUGAACGCGGCGCUGAUGCACACGCUGCAGCGCCACAGGGACAUCCUGCAGGAUUACACACACGAGUUCCACAAAACCAAAGCAAACUUCUUGGCAAUACGAGAAAGGGAGAACCUGUUGGGAUCGGUACGGAAAGACAUCGAGUCGUAUAAAAGCGGCUCUGGCGUGAACAACAGGAGAACAGAGCUGUUCCUGAAGGAGCACGAGCACCUCCGCAACUCAGAUCGACUGAUAGAAGAAACAAUAAGCAUUGCCAUGGCAACAAAAGAAAAUAUGACUUCUCAGAGAGGGAUGUUGAAGUCAAUACAAAGCAAGAUGAAUACCUUGGCAAACCGUUUUCCAGCCGUGAACAGCCUGAUCCAAAGGAUCAACCUGCGCAAGCGCCGCGAUUCCCUCAUCCUGGGCGGCGUCAUCGGCGUCUGCACCAUCCUGCUGCUGCUCUACGCCUUCCAUUGAUGGCUGCUCCCCCCUGGACUCUGCCAAACCUCAUCACACCCUUCCCUCCUCCCAGCCAAGGAAAAGUGACUUGGGGGAAGCAUCAGACUCGCACAGCCUGCUCCUGGCUGGGGCUGUCAGCAUGGGUGUCUGGAGCUUCUGAUGGUAGCCACCGACACUGGGCUCGGGCUGAAGCUGCAGUGUUUCUCCUCCCCUGUUCACCUUCCUUGGGGUUAAAUUUGGUGGGAUUUGUUUGUCUUUAAUUCCCUUUCUCACUGCGAGGUAAGUGCCCAUGGGAUGCUUAACCAGGACUGGGGCAGCAGUUCCAGUGCUCAGCAGUGCUGGGGAGGUUUGGUGCUGGCUGGGGAGUGGGAGAGGAUUAGGUUUGCCUUGUGUGGAAGCUCAGCAGGAAGGCUUUUCCCUCUAAUCCCAGCCCAGUACUGAGUUUCACCCUGAGAGAUGAAUAUUGCAGCUUUAAGCCUUCAGGUUGCUUUACUACUAAAUACAUGUUCUGUAAUUCUUUUUAACUCCUGAUUGAGAUUCUAGUUAUUUCUGCAUAAUUCAUGCUGUGAAAACUGUGCUUCACACAAAUUCCUCAAAGUUAACAAAAAAAAAGGGGAGUUUGUGUUCACUUUUUGCACAGAACAUGAAUAUGAAAGUACCCUCUGAGGGAGAUCAUAAGAUUUUUUGUGGCUUUAAAGGGACUGACAAAGUCCCACUGUGUAAAAAGGGAGCACAGUGUCCCAGCAGCUGUUUACUCAAGUGUUCAGUCAUCUGAAAAGUGACCAAACAUGAGUUCACCUGAAGGAAUCUUUUGGGUGCAAACGCUUUCAUUUUGGCUGGCAUCAUAAAAGAUCUUUAUAAAGACACAAUAAGCAGUUUACAAAGCCUAUACUGUAAUUUAGGUGAAGUUAUUCUGAUAGUGCACGUAAGAAGGAUAUGAUCUAAACUGUUGAUUGGAAAUGAAAAUGAUGAUGGUUAUAACAAAGGUUUUGGACAUAACUCCUCCUAGCCAAGAGCUGACUGUAUGAAUAGUGAAACAAGUGUUAUUUACCAUUAUCUGGGGGGGAAAAACUUUUUCUUGGUCUGGACAGGCAAAAAGAACCCUGUUGUUUGUCUGUAAACAAAGCUGACAUCUGCAGUGGCUUUGGCCCUGCAGCUUCCCAGAUCACAGCUUUUUCUGCUCUUUCAACAACACUUUUCCAUCUGUCAUAUCAUAACCCAAUAAAUUCGAGCCUUGGCACUGAAAUACCUUUCUAAGAACUUGAUUAACUCUUUUCACAAUCCACUUAGAGUGCUCCUAACAGAUUCCAUGUGUUCCAUCUCCCACAAAUGUCACACAGUCCCCAUGUUCUCCUCUGGAGCAGAGUCCAGUGGGAUGGACACAAUUUUUUACUUCAUUUUAUAGUGCCUGUGAGCUGGAGGGAAUAGAGACUUGUGUAGUGUGCAAACCCGCGCUGUUACACCCAAAAUGUCUGGAUUUAAAGGCUUCUUUGCAGACUUAAUAACCCUGUGCUAAAAAGUCAACAAGGGCUUCUAAUCAGCCAUCCUGCCACUGGGAUUUGGAAGCAUUUGGAAUUAAGAUGUGUAAAACUGUGGGGCUUGAAUUUGAAAUAAAGGGUGAUUAUUUGGUUGAUUUGGGAACGUUCUCAUUUGGAAAUGAAGUGUUUAUUAAGGGGGUUUAUGAAAAAGCUUGAUGGAUAAAGGAGGGUUAUUAAUGGGUCUGUGUGUUGGGAGAUCAAACUCUCCCUGUUGCCUUUUCUUUGAUUCCUCCUCCCCCCUGAGGGACCCUGAUCAGCACUUGUGCAUCUGUUUAGGAUUUGUAGGAUUUGGUUGCUCUAUAGUUGGCAAUAUAAGAUCUUCAGUACCAUAAAUAAAUUCAUUUAUUUAAUCUUAUAACAAGUCUUUUUAUUGGACUUAACUGAUUAUUUGGUGCAUAUAUUUAAUCUUAUUGUGAAAAAGCUGCUAUGGAAAAUAUGUAGAUUAUAAUAAAUAUGUAAACAUAAUUGAUUUUUCAUGUUAUGAAAAUGUUCUGGAGGAACUGAUAUAUUUUAGUAUAAAAUAAUGGAAAUAUGCUGAAUUAUCUCUGAUAAAGCUUUACUGGAAAUGGUUUCGGUGUUGGCAGCCCCUCCAUGGUUUUUGUUUGUGCUGGUUUUGAGUCAGUUUUGUGUUGAAAAAUACAUUUAAUUAUCUUUGGAGUUUUCCCUUCAUCAUCAUCUGGCAGAGCGAGCGGGUGUUGUGCUGUGCUCCCUGGAGGGAUGUGUUUGCAUCUGGCCCAGGGAAAGGCUUCCAAAUUCAGGAGAAUCAGCCUCAUAAUUCAUCUCUAACAGCCUGGACCUUGGUCAGGACAAUGGACUGGAAAAUGAACACAGUGGGUUGGUAGCAUUCUGCCUCAAAUCCCAAAAUACAGGUUUGUGUGUCUCCUGUUGCUAAA